UAAAAAAUGAAAAGGUGUCAAAAUAAAUAAAUAGAAUUUACCGGGAAAACACAACGAGAGGCUUGCUUAAAGUUAACUACUAUAACUACUAAAGUAGAUCAAAUGGAGGAAAAAAGAAAGACAUAGAACCAGAACGGGUCGGAUAUCACAAGUUACCCGCUCGCUCUCUCUCUCUCUCUGCCGUCGCUCACUCUGCUCUACUCUCUCUCUCAUACCACAUUUUCCCGCCUCUUUAAAAAGAAAACAUUUACAAAUGCUUUCUCAGUCACAAUCUUAUUUCCUCUCCCAAAUUCCCAAAUUCCCUCUCUCCUCCACUCCUCACUUCUCUCUAAACAGCUCCACCGGCGGCAGCGGCAGCGGCGGCCGAGUCGGAGGAACCGCCACUGCCGUCUCGUUUCAAUCCUCAGGAGUAGAGUCUCCUAUCUCUCUGAAAUUGCAAACAAAAAAAUUAGCUUCCGCCAUGACUUCAAAUUCUAAACUUUCUGAUCACACCGAUACUCUCCACUCAUUGGUUACUGAUGGUGAGCUGGAUCGCUUUGCUGAUGUGGCUAAUAAGGUUGCUGAUGCUUCUGGUGAAGUUAUUCGCACCUAUUUUCGAAAGAAAUUUGAUAUUCUUGAUAAGGAGGACUCGAGUCCUGUAACAAUUGCUGAUAAAGCAGCUGAGGAAUCUAUGGUUAAAAUUAUAUUGGAGAAUUUUCCUUCUCAUGCUAUUUAUGGUGAGGAGAAUGGUUGGAGGUGUAAAGAGAAUUUCUCUGACUAUGUUUGGGUUUUAGAUCCAAUAGAUGGGACAAAAAGUUUUAUUACUGGCAAACCCUUGUUCGGUACACUCAUUGCUCUACUGCACAGGGGUAAACCCAUUCUUGGCAUAAUUGAUCAGCCUGUACUUAAAGAAAGAUGGAUUGGAAUAACUGGAAGGCGAACAACAUUGAACGGGGAGGAACUAUCUACACGCUCUUGUGCAAAAUUAUCACAAGCAUACCUGUACACCACAAGCCCACAUCUAUUUAAUGGGGAAGCUGACGAGGCAUUUACUCGCGUUAGAAGUAAGGUGAAAGUGCCACUAUAUGGAUGUGACUGCUAUGCAUAUGCGCUUUUGGCUUCUGGAUAUGUGGAUCUUGUCAUUGAAUCUGGCCUUAAGCCAUACGAUUUUCUUUCCCUUGUCCCUGUGAUAGAGGGUGCUGGAGGUAUCAUAACUGAUUGGAAAGGACAUCAUCUUUGUUGGGAUGCUUCUCCAAAUUCUCGUGCAACAAGUUUCAAUGUCCUGGCAGCUGGAGACGAACAGAUUCACCAACAAGCACUUGAUUCAUUGGAAUGGCAUUAAAGAUUCACACCAGAAUCCUCCCCUAUUUGGUUAAGAGCACUGAAUUAUUGUAUUGGUGUACGAUUUCUAGAAUUACUUGUUGAGGUCAAAUGAUUUAUUUUUGGCUAGAAAUGAACAAAGUGACAGUAAAUCUUAUUUUAUCA